CCGCCUCCUCCCGCCUCUCCCCCCCGUCCCGCCAGAGCCCUUGGUGUCGUCCGGAAGCGGCGGGCGGCGCCGUGGGGGUGGACAAUAGCGGGGCGCCGGCAGCGGCAGCGGGUGGGUGGCGGCGCCGGAGUUUGGCGGGUCAGGAUGAACGAGGAGCAGUUCGUCAGCAUCGACCUGGACGAUGACAACGUGUGCAGCGUCUGCAAGCUGGGCACCGAGAGGGAGACGCUGUCCUUCUGCCACGUCUGCUUCGAGCUCAACAUCGAAGGAGUACCAAAGUCGGAUCUUCUACAUACAAGAUCUUUAAGGGGCCACAGAGACUGCUUUGAAAAAUUCCACUUAAUAGCAAAUCAAGACUGUCCACGGUCAAAGCUCUCUAAAAGUACAUACGCAGAAGUAAAAAAUAUCUUGAGCAAAAAAAUUAACUGGAUCAUACAGUAUGCACAAAACAAGGAUUUAGACUCAGAUACUGAAAGCUCAAAACCAUCCCAACACCCAUUUUUUAACUUCAGACAUCAGACUGAUAGAAAAUUACUCCCACAGUUUGACUCCCCAGUACCUAGAUACUCUGCAAAAUGGAUAGAUGGAAAUUCUGGAAACAUCUCAAGCUGCUCACAAAGUCUUUUGGAACAAAGAGAAUCCUCUGAUUUCAGACUUGGUAUGUUACAAGAAACAGGUGCUACAUUCUGCUGCAACAGUGUUUUGUGGUCUAAUCACAGCCAAGCCCAGAAACCUGAAAAAGCUGAAAGUGAUUCACACACUGGUAUUCCUCAUCACAGGCAUCCUCAUUACAGCAGGGAAGAAUUGAAUAUGAUGACUCCUGGAGAGUUAAAGCAACUUAAUGAAAAACUUCUCAAGGAAAUCCAGGAUGUGUUUGAGGAGCUGACGCAGCAAGUCCAAGAAAAGGACUCUUUGGCCUCAGAACUGAAUGUCCGUCACAUUGCUAUUGAGCAGCUGCUGAAGAACUACUCUAAAUUGCCGUGUCUACAAAUGGGUCGUGCAGGAAUGAAAACAAAUGUCCCCAUAUAAUGGGGAUACAACUCGUAUUCCCUGUAUAGCUAACUUUCCCUGAUGGCUUUGAUAACUGCUACACAAAUAUUUAGAAGCUUUCAAGGAAACUUGGGCAGCUUGCUCUUUGCAUUCCUAAUCCAUAAGAAGUCUUAUUCCACUUUGGUUUUUAAAAAAAUAGGCAAAUAUCAUAGGUAUUAAAGUCACUGUAAUAAGGCUUAUUCCCACUCUGGAUUUUUUUUCCCAUAAUGACACAUGAGCCUUGAACUGAAUUUUGUUUUGUUGAUAAUAAAAUUGUUUUCUAACAAGGGAUGACCUGAAGCCUGUAAAUCUGCCUACUUUAUACAGAGAAAAAAAAUGAGUUUUGAUCAGAUCUGAUCAUGUUACAUCCAAGAGAGCUUUAAGGGAAGAACAGUAUUAAUGAAACACUUUUUCUUAUUUAUUACGAGCAAUAUUUUAUUAUUGAAAUUUUAUACUAAAUAUUACUAUUUUAGGUACUUUUCCAGAUCUCUUUAUAAAAUGUCUGAAUUACUCUGUGUAAUGUUUAUGCCUUGUGUAUGAUUGUUUAUCCUUUUUCAGGUCAGUAUCUUUCAUGAUACAAUUUUUUAAAAAAAAUCUUGUUUCCCAAAGAGAUGAAUUUCACAUGUUAAUUCACAUGAAUUUCACAUGUGCAUCACUUAUUUUUAUCAAAUUUAUAAGUGAAGAAUUUAGUUCAUGAGAUGUUUAAAAAAGAAAAAGCACAGCACUUCUGUUUAAAAAA